GCCCACUGUUAUCAUGUCAAGCAUUACAUUAUCGUCUCAUCCGAAUGCAAGUCGAAGUUAUCAACUAGCCCCACAGACUUGAUUCACUUGGUAUUGAUAUUCAACCAAAUGCCUUUUUGGAUUUUAUUUCAAUUCUGAGCUACCAGAAAGUGACAGCGCGUCAGUUUUUUUCAUCGCAGUAUCUUGUGGAUGAAUACAACGCCCUACUUCAGCAUUCUGGGCAUCCAACGUCAACCACACCAAGCCGCAUAGGCAAAGCUUCAGUGUCACUUUCAGAUUCGGCACGCCAUCCGAACCAAGAUAUCUGCCGAUUUCACAUUGAAGCCUGAGGGCACCCAAGGACGCCUUGCGGCCAAGCAGGUUCAAUAUAUGGCGACUGCGUAAUUCCUGCCAUUUUGGCUUAUAACCCCCUCCUUUUCAUUGGCUUCCCGCUUCCAGCAACACUAUCCCACGGAAGUGUUCCGAGCUCGUGUGGGAGACCCACGUUGGGUGCCUUGAUUCAGACACCCCCGACAUCUCAACCUUCCGGGAAAAAUACGUUCUGACCAGUGCUGGUGUUUCAUUGGACUCGGCUGCCGGGACGGAAUUUCAAAAGGGAGCUGUGGCAUUGCUGCGUGGUGCUUUCUUGUCUGGGCCAUGAGGGAAUAUCAAAGAUUGGAAGCAGUCCAACCAACAGCCGACACUACGUUUUGCCAAGCUCACGUAAACAACAGAUAGAUAGAAAAUACUACUAUGCGGCCCACAAGCAGUUAGUAACUGACGAUAGCAAUAUUCAGAAGCGCCUUCUCCUAGUCCAACCGAAAACAUGGGCAUCAAUCAACGUGACGACCAACAAUUUCAUUUAGCACUCGGGCCACGCACAAUUCUGCAUGUUACCAUGUAGCAACGCAGAAAAUGCAAGCCACGCAACCGAAGCUGCAAACUUUGUCAAGAAUCCGGGGGCAACCCAAAGGCGGAAUACCAUAUGCGGGGCGCAACCAUUCCGUCUACUCAGGCUAAUUACCCCAGAUUUGCCAGCUGACGAAAACCCACAGAGUAUAUUGAGGCAAAAGCAUUUUGGACCAGUCGGCAGCAUUGCGGCCGUCCUGUUCAUGCUCCCAGAGGGCUGGAUACUUUCAUGAUGACCCACGAGGUCUAUGUUGUUUCACCAACCCUUGCUUACGCCGGUGAUGAACCCGCACCCACCCUACCUCUUUCUCUACAUCGUAUGCCCAAUGACUAUUUUCGCCCGGGUCAACCGAAGUCAAAAGCCGGACGGACAGGCCUCGUUUAGAUGAGCCCUCUGCAAUUUCUCCAUAUUCAAAGCCUCGCUGACCAUCUGCCGUGAUCCGAAGGUGCCAGCCAUACAGGACUACCCAACGUUGCAGCCGCCGUUAGCGAAGAUCCUUGUUUAUACUGCCCCCUGUUCUCUGGGUCAUCAUCUAGAGUUGGUAAAAACAGGCUGGGGAGUCUAGAGCGGACGAUAUUUGCCGACCACGCUACCCGGGGGUGUUGUGGCUCCUGGCAGGCAAGAAACGGACGAUUCGAGGAAGGAAACAACGAGUGGGACUAUGGAAGAUCCCGUGCGGGACAGGGACUAUAAACACCAACCCGGUGCCCAACUUUCCUGAGUUCAUGAGAUCUUUCUGUCAGUUCAAGCUCCUGCUCAGAACGCGGCUCCAUCAUGGCGCGUUUCUCUGUCUUUGCACUCCUGGCAGUGCCAUGGCUCCUCCUCGCCGGCCUCGUCUCGGGUGACGCAGUCUCAGACCUUGAGAAGAAGGGACGUCCGGCUAUCGAUGCCAUGUUGGCCAAGUCAAAGACAUGUACCAAGGCCAACUUGAAGGUUCGCCGAGAGUGGGGUGACAUCUCUGCCGCAGAGAAGAAGUCUUACAUCGCCGCCUUGUUGUGUCUGAUGGAGAAGCCAUCCAAGCUCAACCCUACACAGUUCCCUGGAGCCAAGACCAGAUAUGAAGACUUUGUCGUCGUUCACAUGCAGCAGACCAUGUCCAUCCACAACACCGGCAGCUUCCUUUCAUGGCACAGAUACUACCUGUGGGCCUUUGAGCAAGCCCUUGUCAAGGAGUGCAACUACAAUGGGAGCCACCCGUAUUGGGACUGGGGCCGUUGGGCUCAGGACCCCGAGAAGUCUCCUAUCUUUGAUGGUAGCGACACUUCUCUCAGUGGAAACGGCAAGAAGAUUGAUCAUAGAUCUUCCGGUAUUGCUCCCGCCGGCAACGGUGGCGGCUGCGUCGAGACUGGACCGUUCAAGAACAUGACUGUCCGCCUUGGCCCCGUCUCUCCUGCCGUCGACCCUGCCCCUCCUCGCAACCCCCGCUCCGAUGGCUACGGUCUGAACACCCGUUGCCUUCGCCGUGACAUCUCCAACUACCUCACCUCCCGCUACGCCCGCACCCAGGACAUUGCCGCCCUCAUCACCAACAGCCGUGACGUUCUUACCUUCCAGAACGUGAUGCAAGGCGCUGGUGGUGGCUUCGGCGGUGCUGGUGCUGGUAUUGGUGUCCAUGCUGCUGGCCAUUUCACCAUCGCUGGUGACCCUGGUGGUGAUUUCUACACCAGCCCUAAUGAUCCCGCCUUCUGGGUUCAUCAUGGCAUGAUUGAUCGCACUUGGGCCAUUUGGCAGAGUCAGGACACCAACACCCGCAUCCAAACCAUUGCUGGCGGGACGUCGAUGAUGAGCUUUGGUGGUGGUGGCAGGCAGCAGAGCUUGGAUGAUAAUGUUGAUUUGGGGAUUGUGGGCGACAAGGUUUACAAGAUCAGGGACCUGAACAGUAUUGUCGAUGGGCCUUUCUGCUAUGUUUAUGAGUGAUUGGUUAAGGGGGCGGCUGUGAAGAUGCUUUGAAUUGGAGAUAGUUGAGAAGUUUUGAAUUCAUUGUUGUUGACGAGGAGUGAAUACAGCUUGUUCUUGUUGUGAAAUGGGUGUUUAGUAUUGCCUCAGUGUUUGCCUUACUUAGGCUUGUUUGCUCGACACCUGCUCUUCAAAAUUGUGGACUGCUCUGCAGUUGUCAUAUCACUCUCUGAGUCUACUACGUUGUUGAGCCUGUGGCACCUGUAACUUUUAUCUGGUGAUAUUUCACAUGUAGCCCAGUGACUGGCCUCUUUGUUUACAGCCAGCAUAUAUCUUCAGCUUGGAGUUGGUUCACAUCUGUUCCCAUUUGAUCACCUACCAAUCAUCAUUCCAGUCCAUUCUUGUUUACCCCGAUAUUUAUGUUGUGUCUAAGCUGUACUUGAAUUUUCGUUGAAGACGAACUUCUCUCAUUUCGAUCACCAACACAUUCCCAUCACACCAUCCAACCAACCGCCAGCAUGUCCCGCACCCACCACAGAAGACCCAAACCUGACACCUACAUCCCUGCUCACACCGUCACCAACAACCGUCUUGCCAACCCUGACAUCACAAACAAACAUCCACGUCCACUUCGCCCAACAAUCCGACCUGCCCGCCCUCCUCAGCCUCUCCCUCCCCGCCAACCUCAACCUCCCCAUAUGGAACCACAUCUUCCCGGACCUCUCCCACGAUCGCCGCCUCCACCCAGACUACCGCACGUUCCGAUAUCUCCUAAGCCAGUACACAAAGCCACUGCAUCUCGGACUGCACCUACCUCUACCUCGUCGUCGAGUCAAAACCCUCCUCUCCCUCCUCCGAGACCCUCCUCGCAGCAAUCUGCUUCUAAUGGCUAGCCGACCACCCCACCCCCUCCAAGACCGAAAGCAAAGAAGUCGUCUCCCACACCUUCAACAAACGGGUCGUUGCCGCCGGAGAGGGGAAAGAUCAGGGGUAUAAAUCUAAUUUACCACCUGACUACUGGGAUAGGGAGGAUACCCCCUUUGAGCACACCAUCCCCGGGUACUUUACCAAUUCCGACUACGUUGAGGACGGCAGAGCCCGCACCCGGCUCCACCUACUGUCAGAGGGUCUUGCAGUGCUGCAAGAUAGAACCCGGGAUUCCACAGCGGGGUAUAGACGGUCGAUUGAUGAGGGGAGUGGGUCUGGGUGAAUGCGCCUUUUUCGCUCUGUUUCAAUCAGGGGAGUGAUGCUGAGGAACGACAGGCUGCGUUGGGGCAGAUGUCGAACUGGAUGUCUGAUGUUGUUAGUCUGGGCGGUCAACCGGAGCAUGAGAAUAGGAAAAGAAGGAGAAGGAAUAGGAGGAGAGAGGAGGAGGUGAGAUGGAGGGAGGGGUA